GUUAUCUACUAAAAUAUUAGUACGCUUUUCACCCUCGUUGAGAUCUAUAUUUUUAGUCUUUAUUAAUUUUUCUUUUUGUCCGUUCGUGGACUUUAACCGUGGUGUACUCAUUCACUCAUAUCGUUGACCAUCCGUCACUAGAAUACGACGAAAAUUAUCAAUAGCAAUAAUAAACAACAACAACAAUAAUAAUAAGACAAUAAUUUUGUCUGUCGAAACGAUUUUUUACUCGAGCACUACGAUGUAAUUGCGUGAUUUUCUACGUCUUAUGUUAAUCAAUUGAAAGCAAUAGCACAUAAUAAUUCCAUUUCAUUCAUUGCGAAUUUGUGAUUUUUAUUUUCAUCCAACAUAUAUCUAUGAGAAAAUGUUUGAUGUGAAAUGCUCGCGCCAAAAGAUUGGUUGAUGUACUGCUACUUAUCUGGGCAGUGAUUUUGCAUCAUGGGAGCUAAAGAUUCGAAACCGAGCUGCAUAACUUAUGAGGAUGCAGUUAAAAGAAUCAGUGAUUUGGAACUCAAAAGACUGAGAGAAGCGUUUAAAAGACUGUCACCAGUGAAUGGAGCUAUUACUAAGCAUUCAUUCAUUAAAGAAGUUCUUGGUGAUGGAGUUCCAUUGUCAAUAGCAGAUUAUGUUUAUUCAGCCUGUGGGGGUACAUCUAAAGGCAUCAUAUUCAAAGAUCUUGUUUGUGGGUUGGUACUUUUGACUCUAGGUACUAAUGAAGAAAAAUACAAAUUUUUAUUUAAUUUAUAUGCUAAUGAAAGUGAAAAUGUAAUUUUACGAGAAGAAUUUCAAAGACUUAUACAAGGAUCUGAAUGUAUGUUUGUAUCAGAACAUGUUAAGUUUUUAUUUUCAGAACAAGAACGUGUUAAUUAUGAUGAAUUCAGAUCCUGGAUAACUCAACACCCUGAUGCGACAUCUUUAACUCGUUGGUUACUAUCUAAACCAUGUUCUGUUUCCCUGAGUAAUGAGUUAGAAAUGCCAACUUUUUAUCAAACACUUGCUGGAGUAACUCACUUGGAAGAAACGGAUAUCAUUGAAUUAGAAAAAUGUUAUUGGUCAUUAAAAGGAGAAUCUUCAUCUGGAAAAUUGGAUUUAAAAACAUUAAUUCCUUUGAUAAGUCCUCCUAUGCCAUUGAAUGUUUGUUCUGGUUUGUUUGCUGCUUUUGAUGAGAACAUGGAUGGUCAUAUUGAUUUCAAAGAAAUGGCUUGCGGGAUUUCAGCUGCUUGUAGGGGACCUUUAACUGAGCGUCAAAAAUUUUGCUUCAAAGUAUUUGAUACUGACCAAGAUGGUUUUUUAUCAAAAGAGGAAAUUUCUAAAAUGGUUGAUGUUAUGCUUUUCAUAUGUGAAGAUAAUGUAGUCACUCAGAAUAAAGCAGCUACUGAUGAAUCAGUAAAAGAAAUUAUUGUAUUUGAUUUAAUUAAACGUUCUACUGAUAGAGGUCUUGCAAUUGGAGAAUAUUUGAUGUGGACUGUUCAUAAUUCACUACCAAUGGAUUUUUUGAAUUUAAUUUUUCAAGUUUGCCAUAUAGUGUUUGGUUUGAGACCUGUAUCACGUGCUGAAGAAGGAGAAAUUGUCAAGGGCUGGUUAGACCGUGAAGAACGAAGAGGUUUGGCUGUUGGUCAACUUUGGUAUUUAAUUUCAAUGGAUUGGUGGCGAAAUUGGAAUGAUUAUGUUUCAAAUUCUUUUAAAAACGGUUGUGAAAUGUCUAGUUAUUGUUCUUUUGAUGGUACUAGUUCAUUUUCAAAAACUUCAAGUUUCAAACUUACAUCAAAAAAAUCUCAAUUGUCUCUUGAAAAUAGUAUCGCUCUUGAUAACCCUACUGUGGUUGUCACUGGAAUAACUCCUCUAGAUCCAAGUACAGGUGGUCAUCGAAGGGUUGGUUCAAUAACUUCUUAUUCGUCUUUACAAGAAUCUCCAACACAAUCUCCUAUUAUGAGUAGAAAAGUUAGUCUAAGUAAACCUGGUCCAAUAAACAAUUCUGGACUUGUAUCUGUGUCAGCAACAAAAGUUACAUCAUUAACAGGUGAAGGAGGUCAACUAAAACGAAAUAUGCUGCUGCGUGGUAGAGAUUUUCAGUUAGUUCCAAACUCUUUAUGGAAAGCACUUGUACAAUGGUAUAGAGGUUCACCUGCACUUCCUAGACAGGUUAUUCAGUCUAAUAGAGGUUCAGGUGAAACUGAAUUAGAACUUUAUCCAUUAACUUUAAGAUUGUUAAAACAUCAUAAUGGUACUUUAAAUAAUGGUACUGGUCCCAUUACUAAUGUUACUAGGACACCUACACCUAACGCAGGAUCAUGGUCUGGAUUAGUUGGAGGAUAUGGUGCAGCGGCAUUAAGUUCAACUGGUUAUAAUUAUGUAUCAAAUUUAGUAAAUUCUAUGCCACGGCGAUACCUUGCAUACACGGCAUCUUUCAGCAAGUUAUCAACUGUUAAACAUGUUUAUGAUUUUCUUUGUACUAGACUUAAGUUAAAAGCAGAAGAUAUGAGACUUUGGCAUUUUCAUGAUGAGAACAAUAUGGUAUUAAUUGAAGAUGAAGAUCAAACACUUGAAGAAUUAGGUGUUUGUGAUGAAGAUCAAAUAAUAAUGGAAAUAAGAAACAAAGAUUUAACUUGGCCUGAAGAAAUUAGUUCUCUUUCUGUUAAUUCUGGGGAUAAAUGCAAACAAUUGCCUGCUGAAAAAGGAGCUACUGGUCUAAACAAUUUAGGAAACACUUGUUUUAUGAAUGCUGCAUUACAAUGUGUUAGUAAUACUAGACUUCUCACACAAUAUUUUAUCAAUGAUAUGCAUUUAUAUGAACUUAAUCGGUCUAACCCAUUAGGGAUGAAAGGAUGUAUAGCUAAACGUUAUGGUGAUCUAAUUCAUGAAAUUUGGAGAGGAACUGCUAAAACUAUAGCACCGCUUAAAUUAAGAUGGACGAUUGGAAAGUAUGCACCGCGAUUUAAUGGUUUUCAACAACAUGACUCCCAAGAAUUGUUGGCCUUUUUAUUAGAUGGUUUACAUGAAGAUCUGAAUCGAGUUCAUGGAAAGCCAUAUUCUGAGUUAACAGAUAGUGAAGGAAGACCUGAUGUAACUGUUGCAGAAGAGGCCUGGGAAAAUCAUAUUGUUAGAAAUAAAUCAAUUAUAGUAGAUUUAUUUCAUGGUCAAUUGAAGUCUAAAGUUACAUGUAAAGAAUGUGGUCAUGAAUCUGUUAGAUUUGAUCCAUUUAAUUAUUUAUCUUUACCUCUACCGAUGGAAUCAUAUGUCUGUCUUCAAGUUAUAGUGAUUAAACUGGAUGGCACAGUUCCUGUGAAAUAUGGUUUAAGAAUGAAUGCUGAUGACAAACAUUCAGUUGUAAAAUCUAAACUUUCAAUGUUAAGUGGAAUAUCUGCUAAUAAUUUAAAACUUGCAGAAAUAAUUGGAGCUCAAAUUAAAAACAUCAUUGUCGAUGAACAAAAAGUGAAGCCUGGAAGUCUAUUGUAUGCAUAUGAGUUGCCUCCACCUACGUCAGUGGGGCCGGGCUCAGAAGUAUCUGGUGAUGAAGAACGUUUGUCAAUUUCUUCAACUAAAUCUAAUUCUCAAAGAGAUGCUGCACAAACAUUUACUACUAUACAACGAACUGUUAGACCAGGAAAUAUUCUUACUCAAUCAAAUGGUAACCGAACUAAUAGCUUGAAUGAAGACUUAUCGACAACUGAUAACACCGAUAGUGUUGGAGGAUCUCAAAUGGACACUGAAAUAAAUUUAGAAGAACCCAUUAAUUCUGCAAUGGGUGAUAGUGGAAACUGUAGUGCUAGUAGUUUUAGUUUGACUGAUAGCGGUGAUGUAAUUCAUCAAACUCCAAAUUAUGUAGUAGCAUUACAUAGGAAAAUGAUUAGACAAGAUGUAUAUUUUAUAUCUGCUCAUAAGAGUAAACCUAGUAUAUUCGGCUUACCAAUUAUUUUACCAUGUAAUGAAUCUACUACAAAUCAAGAUCUUUAUCAAGCAGUAUGGUUACAAGUAGCUAGGUUGGUAUCACCAUUACCACCUUCAGAAUCUACUGUACCUAAUCAUGCUAUGGAUUGUGAUGAUAGUCUUGGCUAUGAAUUUCCUUUUGUUUUGAAAGCUGUUAAUAGAGAAGGUACUCUUUGUUCAUGGUGCCCGUGGUAUAGAUUUUGUCGAGGUUGUUCAAUUUUAUGCUCGGAUGCUUAUUUUACUUUUGCUGCAAAUCAUAUUGCAAUAGAUUGGGAUCCAACAGCUCUACAUUUACGAUAUCAAACCUCUCAAGAGUCUGAACAUGAAUGUGUUGGUGAGUCUCAGUGUUCGCACACUGAACCAAUAAGUCUUGAAUCUUGUCUUGCUGCAUUCACCAAAGAAGAGCAUCUCAGUGAAGCUGAAAAGUAUUAUUGUUCUGCGUGUCAGGAUCAUCAAUUAGCUUCUAAAAAAUUACAAAUUUGGAGAUUGCCUCCAAUUCUGAUUGUACAUCUUAAACGUUUUCAAUACCUUCAAGGAAAAUGGGUCAAAUCACAUAAAGUAGUAAAAUUUCCUUAUAAAAAUUUUGACCCAACAGAUUAUUUGGCUUCAGUUCCAAAACAUACUGUUUUAAGAAAUAAAGAGUUGCAAGAUACAACUGAUAAUCAAAAAGAACAAUAUUUAUCAAGUAAUAAAGAAGAUUUAAAAAAGUCAGCUUUAACCUCAGAUGACGGUUUAUUAAAUGUAAAUAACCGCUUGAAAGAGAUAGAAGUUUCUCAACGUAAAAGGUUAGAAUCAACAUCUCUCUUACGAACGCCAAUAGAUGAUAAAGCUUUGCAAGAUUUUCAUCAGCAUAAGCUAGUUGGUGAAUUCAACCCAUUAGAUUUGAAGUAUAACUUAUAUGCUAUUGUGUGUCAUUCUGGAAUUCUUGGAGGUGGUCAUUAUGUAUCUUAUGCAUGUAAUCCAAAUGGUAAAUGGUACUGUUACAAUGACAGUAGUUGCAAGGAGGUAACUGGUGAAAUAGACACCAGUGGAGCAUACAUGUUGUUUUAUGAACGUGAAGGUCUUUGUCAUAACCAGUAUAUGCCCAAUGUUUCUGGGCGUAUCCCAGUUGAUGUCAAAGACUUAGAUCAUGAUUUUGAUUCUGACUUAAAAAAAGUUUGUACCCUGAUGUGAUCUUAUUUGAGCUUAUAUACAUUUAUAAACCAAUGUAAAUUAUUGAUUGGUAUAUUUUUACACGAGCUUCAUCUGUUAUUUUUAUUAUUAUUAUCUAAAUUUUAUAAAAAAAGAAAAAAAAUGGAAAUGCCAUAACAAUCUAGUAAUUUUGCAGUGAUCGUGUAAAAUGUGCUGGUGUUGCCAUUAAAAAAAUAGUUACCAACCAUAAUCACAGUCUGCACAUUUUUGUUUGUAUGUUGCCAAUAAUGCAUUCCAUAAUAUAAUCUAUUGCAAUAGUAAUAUAAUUUACUUAAAAUAAAUAAA